AUGGCUUGCGCAAAGGAGUAUGUAGAGGAUGUUAUAACUCGUUGCAGAAGAGAAGGCCACGUGUACUUUGUUAAAGUUGAAAAGAUUGUAGGACUGCCUCAUAAAACCACUUAUUUUCUUGAAAUCAAGUUUAAUAAUAAGUUAGUUAGAACGAAAUCUACUUUUAAGGGAUGCUGGAAUGAAACUUUUAUGCUAGUUUCGCCAGAAACUUCUGCAUUGAGCUUUUUUUUAUACGAAGAAAAAUCUUUUGUUAGUACCUUAAUUGCUUCAGGGCGGCUCCCAGAUGACACGAAUGGAAAACUCAAAACUUUAAACACAUUGAAUCCUGAUCUUCAAAUAAAAGUGAAAGUCACGUUAUUGAAAAGCAUUUCUCCUUCCACCGUUCCCUCCCGCUCUCUUUCCACUAUUCCGUGUGAAUCUCCUAAAGUAAAUUUAAUUACGAAAUCUUCACCGGGAUUUCCCCUUGGUUACGAAUAUAAAAUAGCAUCGAACGGCCGUAUUUAUUAUAUAAACCAUCACGCGCAAACCACCUCGUGGGAGCCUUUUCCUGAAAUAAAACAGGCCGUUUCAAACUUGUUUAUAAGCUCAGACUCCUUACCAUUACCCAAUCGCAGCGGGUCUUAUAAUCAAGCUUUCCAAUCAACCCGUAGUUCCACAGUCUUACCUUAUAAUAAUCAAUUUGCUCAUUCACUCCCUCCUGGUUGGGAAGAAAGGCGAGCUCCUUCCGGGCGCCCUUACUAUAUAGACCACAAUUCUAAACGAACAACUUGGACCCGACCAGAAGGCGCUGUAAUAUCCUCAACCUGCAGAGAAGAACUUCCUCGCUAUCUUGCUGGCGUGCCUACUCCUGUUUGGGAAGAAGUUCCUCAAGCCAAUAGAGAAGACUAUACUCGCUCUACAAUGGGUACUCCUUAUCCUGUUUGGGAAACGGUUCCUUUAAGCAAAGAAGAGCCCCUCACUUAUGCACGUGAAACUUCUUCUCAAAGACGAGAAGAGCCUCUUACUUAUGCACGUGAAACUUCUCCUCAAAGACGAGAAGAGCCUCUUACUUAUGCACGUGAAACUCCCUUUCAAACUGGCAAAAAGGAACCUUUAACUGAAGAGUCCCUUAUUCCUGCGAGAGCCAGUCAGACAAGCGCAGAGGAACCUCUUCGAGCAGAUCCUCAAAUAAGUAGAGAGGAACUUCCUCCUUUCACUGAAGAGCCUCUUCCUUUUGGCUGGGAAACGCGCUACACUCCGGACGGUCGCCUUUAUUACGCCAAUUAUAUUACGCGCGUUACUCAGUGGGAGCGCCCCGAUUCUGCUGCAGAAGUAACGCUGCCGUUAUAUAAUCGCACGUCCGAUUCUACUUGAGUGGUGUACUCUUUUCGAGUGUAUUAAUAAAGUUUGUGAU